AUGGCGGCACCGGCGAAACCCCCGGCCGCGGCAGAGCUGGCCCCGGGCCCCGAGGAGAAGCCCCGGGGAAAGCCGCCCCUCGGCUGGGGCUCCCUGUUCGGCCACCGGAGUGAGAAGAUCAUCUUUGCCAAGAGCGACGGCGCCCCGGAGGAGGGCGUGCUCGCCGUCACCGUCACGGAGACCACGGUCAUCGAGGCGGACCUGGGCGUGUGGAGCUCGCGGGCCCUGCUCUACCUCACGCUCUGGUUCUUCCUCAGCUUCUGCACCCUCUUCCUCAACAAGUACAUCCUGUCUCUGCUGGAGGGCGAGCCCAGCGUGCUGGGCGCGGUGCAGAUGCUGGCCACCACCUGCAUCGGCUGCGCGAAGAUGUUCGUGCCCUGCUGCCUGCACCAGCACAAGGCCCGGCUCUCCUACCCGCCCCACUUCGCCACGACCAUGCUGUUCGUGGGCCUCAUGAGGUUCGCCACGGUGGUCCUGGGCCUGGUCAGCCUGAAGAACGUGGCAGUGUCGUUUGCCGAGACGGUGAAGAGCUCCGCCCCCAUCUUCACGGUGAUCCUGUCGCGGAUGAUCCUGGGGGAGUACACGGGGCUGCUGGUCAAUCUCUCCCUUGUCCCCGUCAUGGGCGGCCUGGCACUGUGCACGGCCACUGAGAUGAGCUUCAACGUGCUGGGGUUCUCGGCGGCGCUGUCCACCAACAUCAUGGACUGUUUGCAGAACGUUUUCUCAAAGAAGCUGCUCAGUGGGGACAAGUACAGGUUCUCGGCCACCGAGCUGCAGUUCUACACCAGCGCCGCGGCCGUGGCCCUGCUGGUGCCCGCCUGGGUCUUCCUCCUGGACCUGCCGGUGAUCGGCCGGAGUGGGAAGAGCUUCAGCUACACGCAGGACGUGGUGCUGCUGCUGCUGCUGGACGGCGUGCUGUUCCACCUGCAGAGCGUCACCGCCUACGCCCUCAUGGGCCGCAUCUCCCCGGUGACCUUCAGCGUCGCCAGCACCGUGAAGCACGCCCUAUCCAUCUGGCUCAGCAUCAUCGUUUUCGGCAACAAAGUCACCAGCCUGUCGGCUGUGGGCACCGUCCUGGUGACGGCUGGCGUCCUGCUCUACAACAAGGCCAAGCAGCACCAGCGGGACACCAUGCAGAGCCUCGCUUCGGCCGCCAGCCGGACGCCCGACGACGGCGCAGAGCCGCUGGUUCCCAAGGACCCCAGGCCGCACCACUGAGCUCUGCAGCCUCGGCAGGUGCUGGGGCCCCGGGCACUGCGCACUUCUUCCCCGCAGCCGGCGCGGUCCUCGCCCCCUGCUGCCCGCCCCCUGCCCGCUCCGUGGGUCCGCUGGGCGGGAAAAGGGCCUGUGCGGCCCCAGCCGCCCCUUUCUGGGGUCUCCGGUCAAAACCAGCGGGACCCUGCAGGGUCCCCAGACGUUGGUUCCCUGUGGGGAGGCCAGAGCCAGCUGCCACUGAGCCACUGCUGCAUACUGUGAAGGGCGCCCCCUCGGCCCCUCGGGGGGUGCGGGAGGGUGGGCGCCCCCAGCCGCACUGCACACCAGCUCCCACUGCAGUCAGGCCGGGCUCCAGCCCCUCUGUGGGUGACGGCCCCGGGGACAACUGUGAAGCCAGAGCUGGUCCAGGUGCCAACGUGGGCCACUCCCUGCUCGGUGUCAGUGGGGUGAACGCAUCUGCUCCGGGCCAGACAUCAGGGCCACCCGAGGCGCGGCCCACCCUUGGCCAGCUGGGGAGACCUCUGUGCCCAGACGGAGGGCUGGGGUGCCCCGGCCUUGGCACAGGGGCCGCGGAGCCUGGCGGGGUGGGGAGGGGACACGCAGGACGCAGAAACAAGGAUCCCCCGCCGAGGAGGGCCAGGUGGGGGGCCCUGCCUCCCUGCCUUGUCCCUGAGGCGUCCGUUCCCUGCCUGGGAGCUGCCGGCGCCUGGCACCACUUAGGGAGAAGUGACUCAGGGGAGGGAGGCCCCACCACCCCAGUCUGCUGGGCCCCGCCCCUGCCUGCCCGGGCGCUCAUGCACCCGUGACUGCCACCUGCAGUGCUGAGCUCAGGCCAGGGAGACUCGGGUGCUCCCUGCCGCCCUGGCCCGGGCUGCUCGGCAGGGUCCCCGUCCCCUCCCAGCUGGCCCCUUCUGGGGGGGGUGGGGAGAGUAUGUGGGGUGUUCAGGGUCCUCAUGACACUGCGUGUAAAACGGCAGUACAGUUUCUUGACAGGCAGACGCGGGCACAGAUGGCUCUGGGUGUGUCGGGUCGCCCACUCUGGACUGCUGCCUGGCUCCGCCUGGCCGUCCCCCCCAGAGCGGACAGAUGACCGUGUGGUGUUUGCGCCCGGACUUGGGCUGAGACUCCCAUCCUGGAGGGACUUCCAGUGGGGCCUGUCUCCUGCCAGGCUUGGAGGGCCUCUCCUUUGCACCUUUGGCUGUGUUGUCCCGAGUCCUGGGGCCGGUUGGAGGCACCCUCCCUACCCGGGGAGCAGGUCUGGCCCCUGGCCGCCCGGAGCCCACCUGCGGGACUGAGAGAAGUGACUGACAGCAGGCCCCGAGGCCCUCGCCGCUGCCCCGUCUCCACCCUGCUGCUCAGGCCUGGGCCCCCAUGGCUGCGUCUCUGGUUUCCCCGUGGGUG